AUGGAGUUUGAGUUAGAUGUUUUCUCGCCGGAGAUUCUAAAUGGAAUAAAUUGUUCAGGUCUACCACCACACAAGUUGGUUCUGAAGGUUGAUGCUCCUGUUAUGUUGCUGCGGAAUAUAGACCAAAUUAAUGGUUUGUGCAAUGGAACGAGGAUGCAAGUUAGAAGAAUGGAAAAUCAUGUGAUAGAAUGCAAGACUUUAACUGGUAACAAAGUUGGAAGUAUUAUUCUUAUCCCAAGACUGAAUCUAAUUUCAAAUAAUGAAACAUUGCCGAUCAUGUUUCAAAGAAGACAAUUCCCAAUUAUCAUGUCAUUUGCAAUGACAAUAAAUAAGUCACAGGGACAAACUCUAUCGAAAGUUGAAAUUUACCUUCCAAUGCCAAUUUUCACCCAUGGUCAAUUGUAUGUUGCGUUAUCAAGGGUAACGAGUAAAGAUGGUCUGCGAGUGCUAUUGCAAGAUCAUGGACACUUGGAAGAUAACUGCACGAUGAAUGUGGUAUAUAGAGAAGUUUUUGAGAGUCUAUAA